UACUUUAGCCUCAGGGCCCUGGACGCGACUGUCCACUGAGGGUGCAGACGCUCGAGCAGAAGUCCCAGGCCACUUUCUGCCGCGCUCAUCGGACACCAUGGCGGAUAGCCGGGACCCAGCCAGCGACCAGAUGAAGCAGUGGAAGGAGCAGCGGGCGGCGCAGAAGCCUGAUGUCCUGACCACGGGAAGCGGUAACCCCGUAGGAGACAAACUUAACAUUAUGACCGCAGGCCCCCGCGGGCCCCUUGUUGUUCAGGAUGUGGUUUUCACGGAUGAAAUGGCUCACUUUGAUCGAGAGCGAAUUCCAGAGAGAGUCGUGCACGCUAAAGGAGCAGGGGCCUUUGGCUACUUUGAGGUCACUCAUGACAUCACCAAGUACUCCAAAGCCAAAGUGUUUGAGCAUAUUGGGAAGAGGACACCCAUCGCGGUUCGAUUCUCCACUGUUGCUGGAGAGUCGGGCUCAGCUGACACAGUCCGAGAUCCUCGUGGGUUUGCAGUGAAAUUUUACACUGAAGAUGGUAACUGGGAUCUUGUGGGAAACAACACGCCCAUUUUCUUCAUCAGGGAUGCCUUCUUGUUUCCAUCCUUUAUUCAUAGCCAAAAGAGAAAUCCUCAAACGCACCUGAAGGAUCCAGACAUGGUGUGGGAUUUCUGGAGCCUGCGUCCCGAGUCUCUGCACCAGGUUUCUUUCUUGUUCAGUGAUCGAGGGAUUCCGGAUGGGCAUCGACACAUGAAUGGAUACGGAUCGCAUACUUUCAAGCUGGUUAAUGCAAAUGGAGAGGCGGUUUAUUGCAAAUUCCAUUAUAAGACUGACCAGGGCAUCAAAAACCUCCCUGUUGAAGAGGCAGCAAGGAUUUCCCAGGAAGAUCCUGACUAUGGCAUCCGCGAUCUUUUCAAUGCCAUCGCCAAGGGCAACUUCCCUUCCUGGACCUUUUAUAUCCAGGUCAUGACAUUUCAGCAGGCCGAAUCGUUUCCCUUCAAUCCAUUUGAUCUCACCAAAAUUUGGUCUCACAAAGACUUCCCUCUCAUCCCAGUUGGCAAGCUAGUCUUGAACCGAAACCCAGUUAACUACUUUGCUGAGGUGGAACAGAUAGCGUUUGACCCAAGUAACAUGCCACCUGGCAUUGAGCCGAGCCCUGACAAAAUGCUUCAGGGCCGCCUGUUUUCCUACCCUGACACUCACCGCCACCGCCUGGGCCCCAACUAUCUUCAGAUACCUGUGAACUGUCCCUACCGUGCUCGAGUGGCCAACUAUCAGCGCGACGGCCCCAUGUGUGUGAAUGACAACCAAGGUGGUGCUCCCAACUACUAUCCCAACAGCUUCAGUGCCCCGGUGGAGCAGCGCCAGGCCCUGGAGCACGGCAGCCGCUGUUCUGCUGAUGUGAGGCGCUACAACAGCGCCGAUGAGGACAAUGUCACCCAGGUGCGGGCGUUCUACACCCAAGUGCUGAACGAGGAGGAGCGCCGACGCCUGUGCGAGAACAUCGCGGGCCACCUCAAGGACGCGCAGCCCUUCAUCCAGAGGAAGACGGUCAAGAACUUCUCAGACGUCCACCCUGACUAUGGGACCCGCAUCCAGACUCUUUUGGACAAAUACAAUGCUGAGAAGCCUAAGAAUGCGAUCCACACCUUUGUGCAGGAUGGAUCUCACUUGGCUGCGAAGGAGAAGGCUCACCUGUGAGGCUCCUCGGCUGGGAGGUGGCUCUGAGAAUCGCGCUCCCUGCUCAUGGCUGGGCGGAAGCUCCUCCCAAGCCGCAUGCGCAAGUGCAAGCUAAUGUCUUUGAAAUGAUGAUUCAGGCAUCAAUAGCAGAUCAUGUAACAAUGGCUUCCAAUGCUGUUUCCCCUUGGGAAAAUAAAGGCUAGGGCUAGCAGUCACUAAACAGAAACAUGUGUUUGCAUUUGACAGUUGUUGGAUUCUUCAUGUAACAUGACUAGAUCUGGGGAUACAGCUCAGUAUCAAAUGAAAUGAAAUGACUAGAAGAUUCUAGUCCGAAACAUAAUUUGUUUGGGAAGU